GUGGCGUCGUCGUCUCCUCGCUUCGCGCAGUUACAACUUGUUCGGCCAUUGAGCUGCGCGCUUCCGCUCCGCGUUGAGUGUCGCGUUUACGGCGUUUGAGUUUUGCGUGCGUGUUCAUCCUCGGGCUCUCUACGUUCACUACCACCACCGUCUCCUCCUCCUUCUCCUCCUCCUGUUUCGCUGCCACUACCACAUCGUCGUCGUUGUCGUCGUCGCUACCGCCAACAUCACCACCACCCUCUAUCCCGGCGACUUCUUUUUUUUCCGUUACGUCCGGUGUACUCGCGCGCGUCUUCCGGUGGUCUAAGUGACGGUUUCGGGAGUAAAAGGAGAGAGAGACAGACGCAGCAGGAGCCAUGCGUUUCUCGUGGGUGUUCGCGGCCACGGUGCUGCUGGUCUUGGCCACGGGGGCGAGGUGCAAGAGGAAGUUCGACGGUGACUUCGAAUUCGCCGAGGAGGACGACACCCGCAUAAUGAAAGUCGGCGACAAGAAGCGUUGGAUACACGAUCCGAACAGCGAGCUUUGUCGUCCACUCAACUGCAAGAAGAAGGAACUCUGCCUCCUGGAGGACACGUUCACGGCCGUCUGCGUCUCGAAAAAAGAGCUUCACAAAUCAGGGGACAUAGUGAUUCCGAAGUCGCGGGCGGUUCAACAGAGACGGAUGAGGACUGAGACCUCGGUCGACCCCGACGACGACGACGCCUUCUUCGAUUCGGAGGACGACGACGAGGAUCAGGACGAGUCCAAGUGCCAGGAAUGUCCCGUGGUGAAGCCUACGUUCCUCUGCGGCAGCGACAAUCGCACGUACAGCUCGCCGUGCCGUCUCGAAUACCACAACUGCAUUCACCACACUUCCGUCCACAUCGCCUGCAAAGGUUUUUGCCCCUGCAAAGUCGCCGAUCUGCGCACCUACACGAAGAAGAUGCAGAUGCAGAGGAAGAAGACGCUGAUGGGCAAGAUGGGGGGUCGUAGCCACGACAUCACUCUCACCCCGCGCGACUUCAACUACGACAAUCAUCACUACCAGUACCUCAAGUACACGAAACGUGGCAAGGCUCUCAUUAAUGCGAACAGGUACGACGACAAGCAUCUGAUGAGUAACGAAGUGAUGGACAAGACCCAGUCGCCGUUGAAAGCGAUGUACAACGUGCAAUUGCCGUCCAGAAAUACGGAUUGCCCGUCGUCGUCCAAGCCUGCGAUGGCCAAUCGUCUGUUGGAUUGGUUCUCUGUCGUGAUGGCAGACUCCAAGCACCGCCGUCAGCAUCCCAAGCCCAAAGGUCACUUCCCGAUCAGUUGUCAGAGCGAGGUCAGGUGGAUGUUCGGACAUUUGGACAGCGACAGCGACGGCCGGCUCUCGCUCUCCGAGCUGUACGGUCUGGAACACGAUCAGAAUGAGCCGUGCUUGAAGCCCUUCCUAGACGCCUGCGACACUGACAGCGAUAUUUUCGUGAGCGGGCCCGAAUGGUGCGGUUGCUUCUCGAAAGCCGAACGUCCGUGCGCCGCUGUGCGCAGACGAUCAUCGUCGGAUUCAGCACCCGCCUGCGAUUCGCGAGGAUAUUACCGCAGCACCCAGUGCCACCGUGGCCUUGGCCUCUGCUGGUGCGUCGAUCCGCAUGGCGUCGAGUUCGCUGGCACCAGAACGCGUGGCACCAAGCCCGAUUGCGAUACAAUCGUGAACAAAAUCAGCAGUGGCGGCCUCAAGACCAACAGCGUGGACCUCGAUGACGACGAGGACGGUGGCACCGAUUCCGCUCAGGACCUCGAAGGCUCGGCCGAUCAACCAUUAGAUUUUUAGAUGUAUUAGGGACGGCGGCCAGCAACGGGAAUACAGCACUUCAACCGACAUAAGCGAUACCGUCUAUGCGAUCGGAAGGCAGCAUUCUUUUCUCGCGAGAGGGCAUGCGCCGCGUCCGAUCGUCCACCGAUUCUGGGUGUACCGCCGUAGUGAUCGUGGGUGUUCCAUGUCGCCAAGCCGCCUGUCGAUCGUCUUAUCGAGGCCGCGAUCCACGUGCGAUAAAACGAAACGUGUGAGCCUAAGCGAUGAGUUCCGAGAGCAACGAAAAGCACGACGAUUAUUAGUUAAUGGAUUAGUCUGGCCCGAGACAGAGUUAAGGGACAGAUGAUCGGACAGAAAGAGAAAAGAGAGAUCAUCGUCGCGUUGUCGUACGAUCUUAGUCCUUCGUCCCAAUUAGGAAGCUCUAAUCGACGUUAAAGUAGCGAGUGUCUUGCCUGUCGUGCAAUAAUAAACCGCGUGUCCGACUAACGACGUUCGCCGCCACCGAAUGCCAUAGAUACCGUGCAAUCGUAAUUCCGCGCAAUAUUCCGAUAGACCGUGUAGGGAAUACGCAAAUACGACCGAAAGUGCGUGUGAGGGUUGCCGGCGACUAAACAAACGUGAGAGGGAGAGAGAGGUAAUGAGAGGGAGGGAGAGAGGGAAUUUCGCAUUUACGAGCCACGUUGAAUACCGACCGGCGGAUUACCUCCGCACCUACCGAGGCACCUCCGUGCACAACUCGUCUAUAAAUACCAUAAUUACGAACUAUUUACGCGUAUACAAAAUAGAGAGAUCCGCGAAACUGUGGGAGACAGAGCUGACUGGGGGGAAACGGAGGGAGAAGGACACGUAACAGUACGCGGGAUAAUUUCGUCGCAUCGGCCAGAACUCACGUACCACGCGUACUGACACAAAAUUAACAUUUAACGAGGAAACAUGAGUGGAGCGCCCUGUGUGUAUGAUUUCUAAUCGCUAGAUUAACUCGAUAUCGAUCGUAACGUCACUGGACAUGAUAAUUAUGACAGUUAUGAUUUACGUGAUACAAUGCAGUAACCAUGCGGAAUCGAGUUAAUCGUGGGAGAGAGGGGGAAAGAGAGAAAGAAAGAAAGUAAGAGAGAACGUGAGUACAUUGACGGAGUAAAAAUGCGAGCGUAAGCGUCUUCAUUCUACCAUCGCGCUUGCACCUGCUGAAAACUUAGUUGAUCCAUGAAGCGAAAUAGAUUCCCGUAGCUCUUGCCACUUCACUUUCGGCUGUGUUUCGCCGAACGCGGUAAUAGAAAAUCUCGCUUAUUUAUUACGUUCUUUCGGGCAAGCUCGCGGAGCGCACUUUUAAGUUAUUCUUCUUUCUCUCGUAGCCACCUUGCGUUAUGAUGAAAUUAGUGUAAGAUUACAUGAAAUAAAAAGAACGACCUAUUUCAUACUCGCUAACGACCUAUUUCAUACUACACCGCAGUUCAAUCACGACCGUGUUAGGAUGUCGAGGGUUGGUUAUUGAGAGGUCGCUCAUUUAGAAGUAAACGGGAAAACGGUGUGUUAUUGUCAUUCUGUAUUAUAUAUCGCGCGGCUCGAUUCGCAGAGAGAUAUGCAAGCAUCACGAUUUUUCGCACGCGCAAUCGGGAGAACAUCUAUCACGCGACACUGAGAGAAAGGACGAGAAAGAGAGAGAGAGAGAGAAAGAGAGAGAUUGUUUUCUACGAAGCUAGAAAAUGUUUGACGUCGUGAUUCGUCUGCAUUUACUGUAAUUAUAAGCAUUUUUACUUACAACUUUUACUUAAAGAGUGUGUGGUACACCGUAGAUAUUAGAGUAACAUGUAAUCCGUAGAAAGAAAAAAAAGAUCAGUGUGACUAUGUGAAUAUGCCCCUAGAGUUAGAAGGCAAUUUACGUAGAGAUAGCCGAUGCAAAUUACACGUGUCUCAUUUAGAAUGAUGAAAGUGACGAUUCAUUUCGCGAGCCUAACGCGUUUCACUUCGCGCGACAUGCAUUCCUUCUGCGAGAUAUUCAGGGAAAAUAAUACUCAUCAUAUAUGGAUCAAAGGCAAAAUAGUAUGUAUUGAAAUAUUUGAUUAAGAUAUCAUGGAGAACAUGCAACGUCUGUUGAUUAUAUUAUUUUUCCUAUCGAUAUACGCUUCAUUUCGUUGACUCACAUACUACAUGAUAACACUUAUCAUUUCAACUAUCUAUUUUUAUAAGCGAGAAAUUGCACCCCCCCCCUCCCAUUUUAUCUUUUGUUAUUCGUACAUAGAUAUCUUGAUCGUUAUCGGUUCAUCCAUAAUGUCUUGCCUUAACGGACAUGGCGUAUUAAUCUUGCGCAUAUAAGAGUAUGUAGAUGACACUAAAAUAAAAAAAAAAAUAAAUUUUAUCUACAUAUUUAACUGAUAAAAACGACAUCGUCCGCAAUGAGCUAACGCAUACUCCUUCCUGCAUCGAGCGCAAUUUGCAUUCCGCCUGACUUAUUGUACUGUCGAUCUAGACUAAUUAAUAUAAACUACAAGCGAACGUAAAUAGUUUUAUCGAGUCUUGCAUAUUGUAUAUACAUAAUUAUAUACAAUGAGAAAAUCAUCGUCAGUGACCUUCGUACCGUGAUGAUUUUUGUAAGGUAUGCACUUGAUCAAAGCGUAAAGAAUUUUUACUUCAUUCAAGAGCUACCGUAAAUAUCUCACUUGAUUGGUAUUGUACAUGUGGCUGUAAGAAUUCUUUAUGAAUAAAGAUUGUUGUAGAAA